CCCCUCUAUAUAAACCCUACACCCAGCACCGCUCAUACUCACCAAGUGAACCAAUAUAGCCCAAGCCCUAUACAACCAAACCCUAACACACACCCAUUUGAUUCAGUUUCCAUGGCUAGCCUCAAGGUUGCAUUUUUGGCUGCAGUGCUCUGCAUGGUUGUGGUGAGUGCACCCAUGGCACAUGCAGCUAUCACGUGCGGGCAGGUGACGAAUAGCCUGAUCAAUUGCAUCGGUUACCUCCAGAACGGAGGAACGCCGCCGUCGGGAUGCUGCAACGGAGUGAAGAGCCUCAAUGCCGCCGCCAAGACCACCGCCGACCGCCAGACGGCGUGCAACUGCCUCAAGUCGGCCGCCAGCCAAAUCUCCGGCUUCAAAGCCAACAACGCCGCCUCGCUCCCCGGCAAAUGCGGAGUCUCCAUCCCCUACAAGAUCAGCACCUCCACCAACUGCGCUACCAUCAAGGUUUGAAGAGAAAGUCAUGGACGCAGGAAACCGGAAACUACUCACUAGUAUAUGAGUAGCAUUAUUAAUAUUAAGAAUAAGAUCGAGGGUGAUGAGGGCUCCACUUAUAUGCCCCUCUCCUCUUGUAUGAGAGAUUUGUAUUGGAUAGCUUUAAAUUGUGUUGCGUUGUUAUUUCUCUGUAUGAGUUACACAUAGUUAUAUCUACUUUAAUAUUGGGUUCUCCCUA